AUGGGGGCUCGGGCGCUCGUCCUCGUCACCCUGCUGCUCCUGGGGGUCCUGGCCCCUGCCACCGGGCAGAUGCUGUCAAUGGUGACACCAGCGGUGCUGCGGCUAGAGGCUGAGGAGAUGGUGGUGCUGGAGGCGCCGGGGCUGAGCACCGCCACGGAGGCCACCUUGAUGGUGCAGGAUUUUCCCCUCAAGCGCCAGGUCCUCUACCAGAGCCAAGUCAAGCUCAACCCCGCUGAGGGCAUGAUCGGCAGCACCACCAUCAAGCUGUCGACCAAGGUGCUACCACGGAAGCCAGGGAAGCAGUACGUCUCGGUGCACGCCCGCUUCCCCCAGGGCACCCUGGAGAAGGUGCUACUGGUGUCACCUCAGAGUGGCCACAUCUUUGUGCAGACCGACAAACCCAUCUACACCCCUGGCUCCACGGUGCUCUGUCGCUUCUUCGCCCUGGGCCACCGCAUGGAGCCCAUUCCCAAGACAAUCGUUGUGGAGAUCAAGACUGCCGAUGGCAUCAUUGUCAAGCAAAAGCCUGUCUCUUCACCCGCGAAGACAGGCAUCUUCUCCCUCAACCACAACCUACCUGAGGUCGUCAGCCUGGGGACAUGGACAGUGUUGGCCAAAUUUGAAGACUCACCAGAGCAGGUCUUCAGCACCCAAUUUGAUGUCAAGGAGUAUGUGCUGCCAAGCUUUGAGGUCAUCCUGGAGCCGGAAGAGAAGUUCCUCUACAUCGACCGGCAGGAGGAUUUCCGGGUGUCCAUCACAGCCAGGUACCUCUAUGGGAAGCGCCUGCAUGGCACAGCCUUCAUCCUCUUUGGGGUGAUGGUAGACGACGAGAGGAAGAGCAUCCCGCAGUCCCUGCGAAGGGUGCAGAUCACCGAUGGGGACGGGGAGGCCGUGCUGCCCAUGGCCUUGCUGCGGCAACGCUUCGCCAACUACCGGGAGCUGGUGGGCCACUCACUCUAUGUCUCCGUCACUGUCCUCACCGAGUCUGGUAGUGACAUGGUGGAAGCACAGCGCAUGGGCAUCCACAUCGUGACGUCCCCGUACCAGAUCCACUUCACACGCACGCCCAAGUACUUCAAGCCUGGGAUGCCCUUCGAGCUCAUGGUCUACGUCACCAACCCUGAUAAUUCGCCAGCUGCACGCAUCCCCGUCAAGGCCGACGGCUUCCAGGGCCUUGUGUCCACACAGAAUGAUGGCACCGCCAAGCUCAUCCUCAACAUGCCGGCCAACAAGGCCACAGUCCCCAUCACUGUGCGGACGGCGCAGCCAGGGCUCCCCGAGGGCCGCCAGGCCAGUCGUGCCAUGCAGGCUGAAGUUUACCACAGCCAGGGUGACUCUGGCAACUUCCUCCACCUUGCUGUAACCGCCACUGAGCUGCAGCCCGGUGACAACCUCCCUGUGAACUUCCACCUCAAGACCAACAACCCCGCCGUCCGCAAAAACGUCAUGUACUUCACCUACAUUAUCAUGAGCAAGGGACACAUUGUGCGCGUGGGGCGGCAGCGGCGUGAGGCCGACCAGAGCCUCGUCACCAUGUCACUGCCCGUGACAGCCAACCUUAUCCCCUCCUUCCGUAUCGUGGCCUACUACCAUGUGGCGCCGGGAGAGAUUGUUGCUGACUCUGUCUGGAUCGAUGUCAAGGACACCUGCAUGGGCACUCUGGUGGUGAAGGGAGCCACGGAGGCAGACAACCGGGUGCAUGAGCCGGGAACACCCAUGCGGCUCCGCAUCGAGGGUGACCACAAUGCCAAUGUGGGACUGGUGGCCGUGGACAAGGGCGUCUUCGUCCUCAACAAGAAGCACAAGCUGACACAGUCCAAAGUGUGGGACACAGUGGAACAGAGUGACAUCGGCUGCACAGCAGGCAGCGGGAAGGACAACGUGGGGGUCUUCGCCGAUGCUGGCUUAAGCCUGGUCACCAAUGUGAAGAUUGACACGCCGCAGCGAGCAGAGGUCCAGUGCCCAAAGCGAGCAAGACGCAGACGCACCUCCCUGCAGCUCAUCGAGUACAAAGGCAACAAAACGGCCGAGUAUGAGGAUGGACAGCUACGUAAGUGCUGUGAAGAUGGCAUGCACGAGAACCCCAUGGGCCACAGCUGUGAGAAGCGGUCCACCUACAUCCUGGAGGGCAGUGCCUGCGUCAAGGCCUUCCUUGACUGCUGCAACUACAUCAAGACCAUCCGCGAGCAGAAGCAGCGUGACUUGCACCUCGAGCUGGCCCGAAGCAAGUACCCAGGGCUGAGUCAGGCCAGGGCUCCAUGCUGUCCCCUAGGCGAGGUGGAUGAUGGCUUCUUGGCUGACGAGGACAUCACCUCACGGAGCCUCUUCCCGGAAAGCUGGCUGUGGCAGUUGGAGUCACUGACGGAGGCGCCCAAUGAGCUUGGCAUCUCCACAAAGACACUGCCCAUAUAUUUGAAGGACUCGAUCACCACCUGGGAAGUACUGGCUAUCAGCAUCUCUGAGACAAAGGGGCUCUGCGUGGCCAACCCCUACGAGAUCACGGUGAUGAAGGAAUUCUUCAUUGACCUGCGCCUGCCCUACUCGGUGGUGAGGAAUGAGCAGGUGGAGAUUCGUGCCAUCCUCUACAACUACUGGGAGCGUGAUAUCAAGGUGCGUGUGGAGCUGAUGCACAACCCAGCCAUCUGCAGUGCCUCCUCCUCCAAGACCCGCUACCAGCAGAUCUUCAGCCUGAAAGCCCAGUCAUCACGAGUCGUGCCCUUCAUCCUCGUGCCCUUGCAGCUGGGACUGCAUGAUGUUGAGGUUAAGGCAGCUGUGUGGGGCAGCUUUGUGGCUGAUGGUGUCAAGAAGAAGCUCAAAGUUGUGGCCGAAGGGAUGAGGCUGGAGAAGACGGUGAAGAUUGUUGAGCUGGACCCAAAGACACGGGGAAUCAACGGUGUGCAAGAAGAGAAGAUCUCGGCAGCAAACCUCUCUGACAUUGUCCCCAACACUGAGUCGGAGACCAAAGUCAGCAUCCAAGGCAACCCCGUGUCCGUCAUCGUGGAGAAAGCCAUUGAUGGGGCCAACCUCAAGCACCUCAUUGUGACGCCGUCGGGCUGCGGCGAGCAGAACAUGAUCAGCAUGACGCCCACUGUCAUCGCCACCCACUACCUGGACAGCACGACACAGUGGGACACCCUUGGCGUUGACCGCCGCUCCGUGGCCAUUGACUUGAUUAAGAAGGGUUACACCCAGCAACUGGCUUUCCGGAAACCUGACGACUCCUACGCUGCCUUCAAAAACCGGCCGUCAAGCACCUGGCUGACGGCGUAUGUGGCCAAAAUCUUUGCUAUGGCCAUCAAGCUGGUGGACAUUGAGCCUCAGGUGCUGUGUGGGGCCAUCAAAUGGCUCAUCCUGGAGAAGCAGAAGCCAGAUGGGAUUUUCCAAGAGGAUGCUCCUAUCAUCCACAAGGAGAUGGUGGGAGGAUACCAGGGUGCUGAGCCUGAGGUGUCGCUGACGGCCUUCGUCCUCGUUGCACUGCAGGAAGCCCGGGACAUCUGCAAGGACCGAGUCAAUAGUUUGGAUGGAAGCAUCACCAAAGCCUCUGAAUACCUUAUCCGGCGGUAUCAAUCACUGGCCAGGCCCUACACAGUGGCCCUGACAUCCUACGCCCUGGCCCUAGCAGGGAAGCUCAACAGUCCAAAGAUUCUCAUGAAGUUCUCCAAAGACGGCAACCGCUGGGAGGAACGCAAUGCCCACACCUACAACAUUGAGGGCACAUCCUACGCGCUGCUGGCCCUGCUGCGCAUGGAGCAGCUGGACCUCACAGGGCCUGUUGUCCGCUGGCUCGCCAAGCAGAACUACUUUGGUGGUGGCUACGGCUCCACACAGGCCACCACCUUGGUGUUCCAAGCUCUGGCCCAGUACCAGAUUUCCAUGCCACAAGAGAAGGAGCUCAACCUUGACGUGUCAGUGCUGCUGCCGCGGCGCGCCAGCCCCAUGAAGUACCGUAUCGAGAACCGUAACGCCCUGGUGGCCCGCUCUGCAGAGACCAAGUGGAAUGAGGACUUCACAGUGAAAGCUGAGGGCACAGGCAAGGGGACAAUGACAGUGGUGACCAUCUACAAUGCCAAGGUCCCCGAGAAGGAAAACAAGUGUGACAGCUUCGACCUGCGGGUACAGGUGGAUGAAGUGAAGACAGGCAAGCAGCAUGAGGGGGUCAUCCGGUCCGUCAAGAUCACCAUCUGCAUGAGGUACCUGGACAAUGUGGAUGCCACCAUGUCCAUCCUUGAUGUCUCCAUGCUCACGGGCUUCACCCCUGAUCUUGAAGACCUGAAACGGCUCUCACAGGGGGUGGACAGGUACAUCUCCAAAUAUGAGAUCGACAAGGCACUCUCGGACCAUGGUAACCUCGUCAUCUACCUCGACAAGGUGUCCCACCGGGAUGAAGAGUGUCUCACCUUCAAAGCUAACCAGGUUUUCAGGGUGGGGCUGAUCCAGCCUGCGGCUGUCACCAUCUACAGCUACUACAAGAUUGACGAUCGCUGCACCCGUUUCUACCACCCGGACAAGGACAGCGGGAAGCUGAGCAAGAUCUGCCAUGGGGACGUGUGUCGCUGUGCCGAAGAAAACUGCUUCGUGCAGCACAAGAAGGAUGUUGCCGUCACUGUCAACAAGCGGAUUGAGGAUGCCUGUGAGCCAGGAGUUGACUACGUGUACAAAGUGAGGCUGGUGGAGAUGAAGCAGUUGCCGGCUUAUGACAGCUACGUCAUGACCAUCCUCUCUGUCAUCAAGAUGGGCACCGACGAGGACCCGUCUGGGAGCAACCGGACCUUUGCGAGCCAUCAGAAGUGUCGGGACGCGCUGAGUCUUGAGCCGGGCAAGGACUACCUCAUCUGGGGGCUCAGCACUGACCUCUGGAGCACUGGCGCCCACUUCUCCUACCUGAUCGGCAAGGACACGUGGCUGGAGCGGUGGCCCAGCGAGGCUGAGUGCCAGGAGCCCGAACUGCAGGCCCUGUGCCAAGACUUUGUGGAGUUCGCCGAAGCCAUGACCCUGUUCGGGUGCCCCACGUGA